AUGGUUAAUGUACCUGAGGUUUCUUAUAUAACAAGGGUUUCCGUCACAAUUAUUAUUAUUAUUAUUAUUAUUAUUAUUAUUAUUAUUAUUAUUAUUAUUAUUAUUAUUAUUAUUAUUAUUAUUAUUAUUAUUAUUAUUAUUAUUAUUAUUAUUAUUAUUAUUAUUAUUAUUAUUAUUAUUAUUAUUAUUAUUAUUAUUAUUAUUAUUAUUAUUAUUAUUAUUAUUAUUAUUAUUAUUAUUAGAUAUUUAUCUACCUUUAUUUCAAGAUCCAAAUCAAGACCAAAAGUAAUAAAGUUGAGAGGUUGA